AUGGAAGGACUAGAGAGGGGGAGGAGCCAACGGAAAGACCAGAGAGGGGGAGGAGCCAACAAAAGGACCAGAGAAGAGGAGGAGCCAACAGAAGAACCAGAGAGGGGGAGGAGCCAACAUAAGGAUCAGAGGGGGAGGAGCCAACAGAAGGAACAGAGAGGGGGAGGAGCCGACAGAAGGAUCAGAGGGGGAGGAGCCAACAGAAGGAACAGAGAGGGGGAGGAGCCGACAGAAGGAUCAGAGAGUGGGAGGGAGAAACCAUAG